AUGGACGAAACGCCAUCGACUACUUCUACAUCAUACGAUCAGUCCACAAUCGAAGAGCACGCACAAGAGUCACCAUCAGAUACACACCUAGACGAACAACUCUCGGCCGGCUUUGACCAAGAAGAUUCUCGCGCAAGAAGCCCUGCAUCCCCACACGAGUCCACCUCGUACGAAUUCACCAGAGACGAGGAAGAGAUAGACCCGGCGAAUAGUGCCUGGGUCGAAGACCAGUCAUCGAGUGGUAGCCCCAAGGAAUCCGAGGACCAGACAACUCAAGUCCAAGACAAAGGGAAAGAGCGAGAAAUGAGUUAUCCGGGGGACUAUUACCACCCAGGAACGACGUCCUCACCCCAAGAUCGCCGACCUGAGAUAUCGAGAACGAGCCCCAGCAGUUCUGCAAGCACGCCCCGGCAAGGUUCCGGGGAGGCAAAAGGCGACGACAAAAGAGAAGAUCGAACAGGAAGUGGUAGCGGCAGCGGCAGCGGCAGCGGCAGCGGUGGUGGCAACGCAAGUGCGAGUGGCAGCAGUCGCUCUAGCAUGCCGGUCCAAGGCAUGUUGGCGAUGCAUCUUCUCAGCUCAGCACUCUCCGCUUUCCUGGCGUUGGGUUAG